CGUCAUCAGCCGGCGCCCCGGUGGGUGUCUGUCUGAGGAUGGAGAGCGGCUGAGCGCAGCGACUUUUGAAUGAAGAUUGAAGCGUCUCGGCAGUUCAUCUGCGAUUUGAAGAAAGCACACCUUCUUUAACCAGUGCCUGAGGAAGUUUGUCCCAGCAUGGAUUCCAUACCCAAUCCCGAGGAGGCGGGGUCUCGUCGAGGCUCCUCCCACUCCCCCAAGUCCCCAGGCUCCUCAUCCAAGAAGAAGAGCUCCAAGCCGUCUGGCCAGCCCCAGGGUAAGAGGACCGCUCUGCAGGAGGCGCGGAGGAAGGGAAGGAUGGACAGAAGCCGAGGAGAAGAGGAGAUGACCGCUCAGCUCAGAAACCUGGUACGAGAAGCUUACUGCAAGGAGUCAGUAUCGUCCUGUCCUUUUUUCCAUCCUGUGGGCUCCUUCUGCCAGUUUCUCUUCUGUUCCUGGGUGUCUGUCUGCUUGCCUGUGUAUCGUCACGUGGAGUGUCCUGCGAGAGUGAGCACCAUCAUGGAGAAGGCCCAGCAGGAAGGGCUGGUGUCCCGCUGUGUACAGGUCGAGGUGAGGGACAAACCACCCAGGGCGCGGUCCUCCGACAGCAGAAUGCCACCAGGGCUUCGGGUCUGGGGCAGUUCCCCCCCCCCCAGAGAUCUGGCCAGGGAAUCUGCGGCUCUUUGUUCGCUAUGCGGUCGCUGCGCGUGCUGUACUGCAGUCGUUACAGAUAGAAAUGUAACGACUGGUCCACACAGGGAAAGCAUAGACCGGCGCCGCCCUGUCUGUCCGCAGGAGUCGUUCCGCUGCGCCCGGCUGGCGGCGGGGUCGCUGCUGCAGCUCGUCGACGAGGUGAUGGCGUCGCGGCUCAGGAAUGGAUUCUCUGUUGCCAGACCUCCGGGGCACCACGCGCACGUGGACAGGAUGAACGGCUACUCUAUGUUCAACAGCGUGGCGAUCGCGGCCCGGCACGCCCGGGAGAGGCACGGGCUGGAGCGAUUCCAGGAGGAUCCCAGUGUGCUGUAUUUCUCAGUGCAUCGCUAUGAAGACGGGUGCUUCUGGCCCCACCUGGUGGACUCGGGCGGUACUGCCGCGGGGACGGGGGCGGGGCGAGGGUACAACAUCAACGUGCCCUGGAACCAGGUGGGGAUGAAAGAUGCCGAUUACAUCGCCGCCUUCCAGCAGCUGCUGCUGCCUGUGGCCUACGAGUUCCAGCCACAGCUUGUGCUGGUCGCAGCUGGGUUCGACGCUGUGAUCGGGGAUCCCAAGGGCGGGAUGGCAGCCAGCCCUCAGUGCUUCUCCGUGCUGACUCACCUGCUGCAGGGGCUGGCCCAGGGCAGGGUGCUGCUGGCCCUGGAGGGGGGUUAUAACCUGCAGUCCACAGCGGAGGGCGCGUGUGCGUGUCUGCGCAGUCUCCUUGGAGACCCCUGUCCCAGACUGGCCCCUCCUGGAGCCCCCUGUGACAGUGGCUGUUUGGCCAUCUCUCCUUAUGUGUGGCUUUGUUGUUCCAUGCUGCGGUUGGGGUGUGGAUGUCCGCGUGCUCCCAGCCACCACCCGGAGCUCCCCCAGAGGAUAUUCCGGAUCUUCUCCCGUCACCAGGACCUGGGGCUGCUGUCCCGUUGCCAUCGGAUACCAGCCCGCCAUGCCACCGAGGAGGAACUCGCCAUGUGUCACAGGUACGGGGGGGGGAGAGGGUUGUACUGGAACAAACCAUCAGCUCGGCUUUUCCCUACAGUCCCAGAGACCCUGCGAGCUUCUCUGCCCUCCCUGAAACAGCAGAGUCGCCGCUCUGCAGAGCAGAAGGGCAAGAGGUUGCCGGGACAGGCAGCGACUCCUCGCAGGAGUCCACGCCUGGGGUCACAGCCUGCCACCCCGGAGCAGGGUGCUGCGCCUGUGUCGCCCCCUGAGCGAGGAAGUGAGGAGAAGGGCAGAGGGGUGCAGGACAUCACACAGGGUCUGCUGAUGCUGGACCUGGACACGCCCUCCUCGUCCCCAGCCAAUCCGAGCCCAGCCUCCCUGCCUGUGGGUGGGGCCAGGAGGAAGGCGAAGCCCGCCCCCCUAGAGAGCAGUGAUGUCAUCGGUGCUGGAGGUGAAAGGUCAGACGCUGCACCCCAGCCCACCCUAGAGCCGACUGAAGGAAGAGAGAGUGGGGAUCUGGUCCUGAAGGUGGAAUCGUGUGAAGUGGAGGUGGGUCUGAGAGGGAAUGUGACACUCAUCAGGCAUAUUUUGCUUCAAGCUUACCGAUGUGAGGGCCCUUUAAGACGCACCGAGCACGUCCCCGGAGGGGCGAGCGACCCCGCAGGGGGAGACCCUGCGGGCGACAGUCCCGGAGGGGAGUGUGGAGCGAGUGUGAGGCAGGUUGUUCUCUUCCUCCAGACUGGAGCCCGUGAGACAGGGGAAGUCCAGCCUGGAAGCCGCUGUGCCAAGCGCCGCGCGCGAGCGGCGCCGGGAGCCGCGGGGGUGGCCCGUGCGCGGCGCUCAGGUGCUGUCUCCCCCUGCCCCCCGCGACAGGUGCUCUGCGGCCGAUACGUCAGCGGGCACAUGGUGGCGCAUGGGCUGGCAUCGGGGCACGCGCUGGUGCUGAGCUUCGCCGACCUGUCCGUCUGGUGCUACGACUGCGAGGCCUACGUGCACAACGAGGUAGGGGGCCGUCCGGGGGGGGGGGGCUGCUCUUGGGCUGGCGCGGGGGCAGAGGGGCUGGCGUUUCGUGUCUGGCUGAGAAAUGAAAGAGAUUUCGAUCUCUGUCUCAGCGUUCCUUCGUUCCAUCCUUCCUCCUUUCCUUCGUUCGUUAAUUCAUUCAUUCAGCCAACCAGUUACUCAGUCAGUACACACCGAGCUGCGUGAACUGGGGCUUGGUGAGCUCAUACUCUGGGCGAGGGCAGCGUACAGCAGAGAGCCAAGGAUAGACAGCACCCGCCCAGCACAUCUUCACACCCCAGCGCUCUAGACACACAGCGGCGGUACAAUCAUUAACACACUGGCGCGCGGUGAGAAUCCACACCUGACGCCCCAGCCUCGAGAGCAGGAGCCAGCUUGUCCCCCUGCAGGGCAGGAGACGCCCGGAGAAGGAGCACCUCGUUUGUGUCUCCCAAGCUGUCCAUCUUGCAGAAGGCUGUUCUGUUUUCGGCUGUCACCAUCUCACAAGCCCGGUCAAGCGCAUG